AUGCAUCCUUCAUCCGGGGCCAAGAAGGCAUCUCUGUCUCAACUGCCGCUUGAAAUCAAACAACGCAUUGUCCAUCAUGUUGUGAUGCAAACAGAGAAGAGACAUACUUACUUUCACAAACCUUUACCACUUUCCUUGGUCGAUCGAAAGUUUUAUGAACUCUGUCGUCCGUUUGAAUGGAAUGAGCUCAGCCUGCCGUGUCAGGCUAUACCCAACCUCGAAAAAUUCAUCCACCAAUCCCUACCUCGUCAGGCAAAUCAUGUAAGAUCAAUACUUAUCGGAGUACACGAACAGCCGCCGAGUCACUCAGAUGGCAUAUUUCCUAGAAAGCAGUUAUGCCACAUCUUGAAAGUCUGUACCAAUUUAACGAAGCUUAACAUACGCCUCGAAUGUGCAGCUUGGCUGGAUCAGUUUGGAAACUUGAUCAUUGACCCUGUGCAUAGACCGAUGUCAACCUUGUUACAACCCAUUUCUCAACUUUCCAACAUAACGUACCUCACUCUGGACAAUCUGAACGGGCAUAGAUGCAUGUUUGACGAACAGUUCUUGGUCAGAAUCUUAAGAAAUCUGGUGCAUCUCGUUUCUCUUCGAAUCAACAAAGUUGGAACCUCUUUCCCAACGUGCGACUUCGAUGAUCAACCACCGGUUCAGCCGUUGGUGUCACCGCUGGCAAUUCACCUCGCUUCGCUAUCCUCUCUCAAGUUUAUACACUUCUCAUACAUGCACUGCUUCGAUUCGGGAUGGAGUACAAUCAAGUGGAAAGGAGCGCUCGAAGGGAUCACCCUACGCAAAAGCAUGGUUUCACUUCGUGCCGUGCACGCUUUUUGCAGCCUCUUUGAAGAUAGUCUAGUCUAUCUCUCACUUUACUUGGUUCCUGUAAACAAAACUCCAACAUACGAAAUACCCGAAUCAGAUCGUGGAUGUGUUUUCCGCUUGCCCAGGCUGAAGAGGCUGUCUGUCUAUAAUAAGUAUAUAAUCCCAUUUCUUAGAUUGUUCCGAGAGUCGCCCAACAUCACCCGCAUCAGUAUCAUAUACUACAGCUCACUUAAAGGUAUCGUCGACUUGAUAAAUCGCGCCGAUCCAACAUGGAUUAACCUGAAGUCUUUGUUGGUACACGGAAGAAGGUGGCAAUUCAGCCGUGAUGCGAUCUCAGACCUCAUCAAGCAAGGUGCGGAAGCCGGCGUGAAAGUAGAAUGUGGUAUAUUGAAGAAAGUACGCCAGCCCUUUUUCGAGGAAGAUGAAUUUUCGACUGAAUCGGAUAGUGUAGAAGAAUCUGACGAAGAAAUUGAGAGCCAAGACAAACAUCAAGAUGUUGGGCAAAUCUCAGAUUGCUAUAAAUCACCAUGA